GUAGCCGCUGAAGGGACGUUCGGGUCGUGAGGAAGAAGAGAAGGAAGAAAGGAAGGGAGAAGGGAGAGGAGGAUUCUCCGCGGUCCUCGUUGAACACCUUUCGGGCUGGGGAUGGUGAGGAUGAGGAUGAUGGAGGAAGGCUGGCUGCUGAUGUUGCUGCUGGCGCUGCUCGCCAUUGCGAGAGGCAGCCUCGGGGCUGACACGGAAGAGCGAUUGGUGGAACAUCUCUUGAAUCCCGCGCACUACAACAAGCUGAUCCGUCCUGCCACCAACGGCUCCGAGCUGGUGACUGUGCAGCUCAUGGUGUCGCUAGCCCAACUCAUUAGCGUGCAUGAACGAGAGCAGGUGAUGACGACAAAUGUCUGGCUGACACAGGAGUGGCAGGACUAUCGCCUGACUUGGGUCCCCGAGGAGUUUGACGGCAUGAUGAAGGUCAGGCUGCCCUCCAAACACAUCUGGCUGCCUGACGUGGUGCUCUACAACAAUGCCGAUGGCGUCUACGAGGUGUCGUUCUAUUCCAAUGCGGUGGUCUCCUAUGACGGCAGCAUCUUCUGGUUACCGCCGGCCAUCUAUAAGUCGGCCUGCAAGAUCGAGGUCAAACAUUUCCCCUUUGACCAGCAGAACUGCACGCUCCGCUUCCGCUCGUGGACCUACGAUCGAACCGAGAUCGACCUGGUGCUUCGCGCCGACGUCGCCAGCAUGGACGACUUCACGCCGAGCGGCGAGUGGGACAUCAUCGCCCUGCCGGGUCGGCGGAACGAGAACCCCGCCGACCCGGCUUACGUGGACAUCACAUAUGACUUCAUCAUCCGUCGCAAGCCCCUUUUUUACACCAUCAACCUCAUCAUCCCGUGCGUGCUCAUCACCUCGCUGGCCAUUCUGGUCUUCUACCUGCCGUCCGACUGCGGCGAGAAGAUGACGCUGUGCAUUUCCGUGCUCCUGGCGCUCACCGUCUUCCUGCUGCUUAUCUCCAAGAUCGUGCCGCCCACGUCCCUGGAUGUCCCCCUCGUGGGCAAGUACCUGAUGUUCACCAUGGUCUUGGUAACCUUUUCCAUUGUCACCAGCGUGUGCGUGCUCAACGUGCACCACCGCUCGCCCACCACGCACACCAUGCCCCCGUGGGUCAAGGUCGUCUUCCUCAACAAGCUACCCGCCUUGCUCUUCAUGCGCCAGCCCAGGAAUAGCUGCGAGAGGCAGCGGCUCCGCCAGAGACGGAGAGCCCAGGAGCAGAAGGAGGGCGGGGAGGCGGGGGGCCUGAUGGUGGGGCUCGGCUUGGGCGGUGGCACGGGGACGGCGGGGGGGACUUCAACGGGAGCGUUUGCCAAGGUGGACGGUGACCCUUGCACCUGCUAUGUGAACAGAGCGUCCGUCAAACAGUUUGGAGGGGAUCUGGCAAGCACGGGAGGGGGUUCCACGGACGGUCUGAACAGAAUGAGAGAGAACCGGGAGGGGGGUUCCGGGAACCGUGGCAAGCAAGCGGCGGGGGGUCAGGCUCUGACUCAGGCCAUCCUGGCUCAAGCCUGUCCGGGCUUCGAGGAGGCUGUGGAAGGAGUGCGCUUCAUCGCCAAUCACAUGAAGUGCGAGGAUGAUGACCAGAGUGUGAGCGAGGACUGGAAGUAUGUCGCCAUGGUGAUCGAUCGCCUCUUCCUGUGGAUCUUUGUGUUCGUGUGCGUGUUCGGCACCUUGGGUAUGUUCCUGCAGCCCCUCUUCCAGAACUACACAGCCAAGACCAUCCACAUGCCGGGCUGACCGUCCACACGCUACCAUCACGCUGACGGGACAGCUCCCCGCCGCCCCGUAAAGUGGGAGUGGGGGUCUUACCGGAUCUGAGGGACAGGAUGUGAACACACCAGUUUUGGCCCCGUUAUAGAUUUUUUUUUUUUUUU